AUGUCUAACGAUGCUUCCAAGCAGCCGUUCCCGCCUCUCACCCCCGACGAUGCUGAUUUCGCAACCAACGAGAAUGGCUACCUCGAGGACCACGGACAGAAUGCCACUUCUCCAGCCUAUGACCAUGUAGACGUGGAGGACGACGCUGAUUUUCAAUCGCAAUACUCACACGAGUCCCAAUCGCUGUCAGACGCUUCCUCGGAUUCCGACGAAGAGCCUCCUGACGACAAUCUCGGCAUGCAACAACAUUCUUUUCGACAGUCGACUGGUUCGCUUCACGGUCCCAAUGCUUUUGCGCCGCCGUUCUAUAACAGACCUCCUACCCCAUUGCCCCCGUCGCCGUCGCUGACAUCGCUUCUGCGCCCGCCGUUCUCAGCUACUACGUCUCGUCCAACAACUCCUGACGGCUCCGAUGUCGAGACCCCUGAUGAUACCGAAGCGGCUGUCGCAGUGUCCGCUCGUCGCGCAACGACAGUUCCCAGAGCAAGCCCAAAGGUUCCAACAUACGAAUAUUAUGGAUUUGUUCUGUAUCUCGCUUCUUCAUUGGCUUUCUUGAUCUAUAUUCUAUGGUCGUAUCUCCCGUCGCCUUUCCUACACCAACUCGGCAUAUAUUACUAUCCGAAUCGAUGGUGGUCUCUCGCGUUUCCCUCAUGGUUGGUCAUGUCGAUCAUCUACAUCUAUAUCGCACUGGCAUCCUACAACACCGGCUAUUUGACCCUGCCUAUGAACAGCAUCGAGAAUAUAGUGGACGAGGUCGCAAAUGUGUCAGUCAUUGAUGGUAGAGGGCGGCGACGACCAGGAGGUUCUUCUAGAAUGAAGCCCGGGGCGAUAUCAUACCAGAUUAUGGGACCGCAAAAGCGGAAGGUGAACUGGAAGGAUAUCUGGAGCGAGGGAACUGAUGCCGUGAUGGACGUUCCGGUAGGAGGCGUGUGCGAAGUACUAUAUGGACAAGAACGGGACGACUACGAAUUGUACGAGUCGGCCGGUUUCACAAGUUCGUCCCGGACAGGUGAUACAUAG